UUCAUGCAGCCAAAAUGAAGUUCAAUCCAUUUGUGACCUCGGACCGCAGCAAGAACCGCAAACGACACUUCAAUGCCCCUUCUCACAUUCGAAGAAAAAUAAUGUCCUCCCCGCUGUCCAAGGAGCUGCGGCAGAAAUACAACGUCCGCUCUAUGCCCAUUCGGAAGGAUGACGAAGUCCAGGUUGUCCGGGGACACUACAAAGGACAGCAGAUCGGCAAGGUGGUCCAGGUGUACAGGAAAAAAUACGUCAUCUACAUUGAACGUGUUCAGCGGGAGAAGGCCAACGGCACAACUGUCCACGUGGGGAUCCACCCCAGCAAGGUGGUGAUCACUAGGCUAAAACUGGACAAAGAUCGCAAGAAGAUCCUGGAGCGUAAAGCCAAAUCUCGCCAGGUUGGCAAGGAGAAGGGCAAAUACAAGGAGGAAACAAUCGAAAAGAUGCAAGAGUAGAUGGUUUUCUAUUUUACACCAUUAAAGAACUGCUAAAAUUAAA